GAAUUUUCCAAGAAAAUGACUCGCCAUGGCUUUGUCAGGAAUACAUUACACAUAGGGUGUUGUUGCAGAGAGAAGGGGUCGUCAGUGGACUCUUCGGGCACCCUCACCCAAAUCUCAACUGGGACGAGCCAACGACUCCCCCGCCCCGCUGCCUCUCGUCAUCAGCGUUUGCCGAGUCCACCCGUCCCCAUGACGCUGCCACCGCCGCUCGGCUUGUAUAGCUGGCCGGCAUUGGAUGGACACGCCUCGACCUUAGCCAGCGCGCCAAUAACAUAGCAGCAGCAGCAGCCGAGGUCCACGCGACCGCGUCUGCCGAUCCCGGCCGGCCGGCACAACGCGCGACUCCGUCCGGAGCAUGGACCGCCGCGGGGCCCUGGCCCCCUCGUCGUCCGGGCGCCGCACGCCGGAGCACCACCGCUGGGCGUGGAGCCCCGCCUGGUCGCGCCCGCUCUCCGACCGCUCAUCCUCCUCCUCCUCAUCGUUCAGGUCCCUCUUCCGCUCCAUCGGGGUCUGGUUCACCUCCCUCUCAACCACCUCCUCCAUGAAGCGCCGGAGCAGCAAGGAGCCGGCGGUUGACGUGAUCAAGAAGCCGCCGCUGCCAGCGCCCACCGGCAAGCCGUCCGCCCGCGGGCUCUACCUGUCCAGCGGCGGGGGCUACCGGAACGGCAGCGGCCGGCAGCAGCAGCGGCCGUCGUUCCAGUUCCAGAGCUCCGUCUUCUCCAUGGAUGAGAUCCUCCGGGCCACCAGCAACUUCUCGCCGGCGCUCAAGGUCGGCCAGGGCGGCUUCGGCGCCGUCUACAAGGGCGUCCUCCCCGACGGCACCACCGUCGCCGUCAAGCGCGCCAAGCACCGCAUGCACAACCCCCACGUCGACAUCGAGUUCCGCAGCGAGGUCAAGAUCAUGGCGCGCAUCGACCACCAGAGCCUGGUCCGCUUCUACGGCUACAUCGAGUGCGGCGAGGAGCGCAUCGUCGUCGUCGAGUUCGUCCCCAACGGCACCCUCCGCGACCACCUCGACAGGUGCAACGGGCGGUUCCUUGACCUCGGCACGCGGCUGGACAUCGCCAUCGACGUCGCGCACGCCGUCACCUACCUCCACAUGUACUCCGACCACCCCAUCAUCCACCGCGACAUCAAGUCCUCCAACAUCCUCCUCACCCACUCGCUCCGCGCCAAGGUCGCCGACUUCGGCUUCGCCCGCCUCGGCGCCGGCGAGGCGGCCGCGCACGUGACCACGCAGGUGAAGGGCACGGCGGGGUACCUGGAUCCGGAGUACCUCAAGACGUGCCAGCUCACGGACCGCAGCGACGUCUACUCCUUCGGCGUCCUCCUUGUCGAGCUCGCCUCCGCGCGCCGCCCCAUCGAGGCCAAGCGAGAGAUGAAGGAGCGCCUCACCGCGCGCUGGGCCAUGGCCAGGUUCAUCGCCGGAGCCUCCGCCGACGUGCUCGACCCGCACCUCGCCCGCACGCCCGCCGCGGAGCGCGCGCUCGAGAUGCUGCUGGAGCUCGCGUUCCGGUGCAUGGUGCCCGUCAGGAACGACAGGCCCGCCAUGAGCGAAUGCUGCAAGGCGCUCUGGGCCAUCAGGAAGACAUACAGGGACAUGCUCGCCGCCGACGUCACGCCACAGCCCUCCGACCUACCCACCGGCGACCUCUGGAGGAUCUGAUCUGAAGAUCCUUCCGUAUUAUUACAGUAUAGUGCGUACAUCCUUUUCCCAUCCCUUCACUCAACUGAUUUGGUUUGACUGACAUCAACUCUGCUCUGCUGUAAAUACACACGAAACAGUUAUUAUGCAUUUAUAAAUGGAGUUGCUGAGCUUUCUUCCUGAGCAUCUUCAGAACUUGCUCCACCAGUGCUUGAACCUUCUUCGCAAGUAUCCGUAUCCCCCAAUUGCUGCAAGAAAGAGAAAAUGCAGCGACCCCGAUCAGCAUGGCAAGUGUUCGUUCAGGUUCAGGAAUUCGUUGUCGUCGUCAGGUUCACAAGUUUAGGUGAGCCCAAUUUCUGAAGACAUCGAGUACAGGUCCCAUCCUGUAUCACCUCACCUAAGGCCACCUCCGUAUCUCAGUCUCAUCCCAGUGCCACUGCAAAUCUGCCAAACGCCUUGAAAAUUGCUGGAUUCUUGCCUCUAUUGUGGAAGUUCGAAUCUGAAUAUAGAGAAACUGAAAGAUUGAAUGACAAGGCGAGGCGGUUCCACUAUAGCACUAGAUUUCGUCUCUAGACAAUGAGAUGUCUUUCAGUAGUAAAUUGUUUUGUGUAAAUUAGGAAUCUGAAGGACUACAGCUUGUUAAGAGACACUGGAACCUUGUGAUCCUCAUGAAACAAAAAUGUAAACUUUGGGUGCAAA